AUCUCUCAAGUAACCUUUUAGGUGAGUUGUACGAUUAUACUUUUGAGGGGCUACACAGUAUAAUGUAUAUUGAUUUACAGCAAAAUCAUAUUGGGAUGAUUGGUCAAAAAUCUUUCAGUAACUUGGUAAGUCUGAAAAUAAUUGAUCUCCGAGAUAAUGCCUUAAAAAAAACUCCCUUCCUUUCCACAUCUGACUACUGCCUUUUUAGGUGACAAUAAGCUGAUGUCUGUAGCUCACACAGCAAUAGCAGCAACACAUAUUGAAUUAGAGAGAAAUUGGCUCGCAAAUCUGGGUGACCUGUAUGUUCUUUUCCAAGUUCCAGAUAUGCAGUAUCUCUCCUUAAAGCAGAAUCGCAUCUCUUACUGUGAAAAACGUGUUAAUGCUAUAGAAAAUAACCAGUUGAUUUAUAUGGAUCUAGGAGAAAACAUGUUACAGCUUGUGUGGGAGAGAGGUUUAUGUUUGGAUGUGUUCAGGACACUGUCUAAACUUCAGAUUCUAUUCCUGAACAACAACUACCUUAGUGCUCUUCCACAGGAGAUUUUUAGUGGUCUAACAUCUCUAAAAAUACUUAAUCUAGCCUCUAACCUAUUGUCUCACCUCUCUCUUGGGGUUUUUCCACAAAGUCUCAUAAACCUAAACUUGUCUGGAAACCAGCUUUUUUCCCCUAACCCUGAAGUCUUUAUGACUUUGAGUAUUCUGGAUAUAACACAUAACAAGUAUGUCUGCGACUGUGCUUUAAAAAGCCUACUAGUGAGGCUAAAUGAAACCAAUGUAACCCUAGCUGGCUCAGAGUCUGACAGGUACUGUGUAUACCCACCUGCAUUAGCAGGGGUACCACUGUCACUUCUGACAUAUGAUGAUUGUGAUGAAGAUGAACUCCAGCAGACACUCAGGUUCUCAGUAUUCGUUUUCAUUUCUGUCACCCUUCUGAUGUUUCUGAUGUCAGCCAUUAUUUUUACUCGCUGCCGGGGGAUUUGUUUUGUCUGGUAUAAGACCAUCACCGAAACUUUGAUAGGAAGCCAUCCACCAGCAGCAGAUACAAGUGAAUACAUGUAUGAUGCGUAUUUGUGCUACAGCAAAAAUGAUUUCGAAUGGGUCCAGAAUUCUUUGCUGAAGCACUUGGAUUCACAGUAUUUUGAUAAGAACAGAUUUACUUUGUGCUUUGAGGAACGAGAUUUCUUGCCUGGGGAAGAACAUAUCAACAAUAUUCGUGAUGCUAUUUGGAAGAGCAGGAAAACAAUUUGUGUUGUUACCAGGCAUUUUCUCAAAGAUGGGUGGUGUGUAGAAGCCUUUAAUUUUGCCCAGAGCAGAUACUUCAGUGAUUUGAAAGAGGCUCUCAUUAUGGUAGUAGUUGGGUCACUUUCUCAAUAUCAACUGAUGAAACAUAAGCCAAUUCGAAUUUUUUUACAAAGAAGUCGAUAUCUGCGUUGGCCUGAAGAUUAUCAAGAUAUAGACUGGUUUUUAGAUAACCUUUCUUCCCAAAUUCUGAAGGAAAAAAAAGUGCAAAGGAACGUCAGUGGUAUAGAGCUGCAAACUGUAGCGACAGUCUCACGCUGACAGUUGAUGGGUCUCUAGCUUUCUCAAUACUUUCUAUUUUAGCUGUGCUAUGGGAGGACAAAACAGAUCUGCUUUAUCCUUUCCUGAAAAAGCAGGUAGAGAGAUUCAUUUUAAAUCCUACUAAACUUGGGAACAACUUGAGAGCUAAGAAAGUGCAAUUAUUUUAUGGACAGUGGCACUUAUUUUCAGAAGAAUUAAAUGAAUCGCAAAUGCCUCACAUUUUGGAUGCUCAGCUUCAAACAACUUACUAUUGAUUUUCAGAGUGUUACAUACUUCCAGGUCUCUGUUUCAGUGACAGGAAGAUGCCCAUUUUUGUUUUGUUUUUUGUUCUUUUCAAAAAGAGACCACUGUACGGUGUGGGAGUGCCUUACAACUUUAUGUUUUAAAAUGGUGCUAUAUAGAUUUUGUUUGUUUUCUACUCAGCUAGGCUCAGAUUCUCAACUGCAACACACAGCCUUUGAACUUCAUUCAUUUCUUUCCCCUUUUCAAUUCUUCUGCUUGGUGGUGAAGCCACAGUUACUGGGAUGCUUCAUUUGCUGCUGUUCCAAUUGGUCAUUUUCUCAGCUGCUUCCCACUGCGCAGAGAGAAGCAGGUAUCCCCUUCAGAUCUGAAGCAAGCCUGAAAACCAAACAAGAAACUACCUCCAUAGCCAUAAGUGGCUCCCGGGAAGCUUUCACAUUCUAUGGAUGGAAUAUAUGGAUAACUUGUUUGUCUUGUGAGUUGUUCUUGCCUGAGACUCUGAGAACAAAUGCAGUCUUCCCAGUUGGCACAGUCUGUCCUAUAGACUAAAAAAUUGACUUCAAAUAGAUCAUAGGACUCUGAUCACCGCCACCAUGGAGUCACCUCUUUUAAAUGACAAACCAGAGGAACUGUUGAGAAAGGGCUUAUGCAGACUUUAUACUGCUCUGCUCAGCAGAAAUCGCAAAAGCAUCCUGUACAAAAAAGGAGAACAUCUAUGCUUGAUGAAUUAGGGCCAUAAAUUGAGCUCCAACCUCAUAACUAUUGAUCAGAUUCCCUUUAGGCUUGCUGGGAACAUUACUGCUCUGUUAGAAUUUUAUGGCUCUUCAGUUAAGGAUACUCUCAUCAGUUUUACUCACCUUCCUCAGCAGAAGACAUUAACUUGCUGGAGAGUGUCCAGAAUAGGGUGUGAAGUGUGACACUGGCUCUAAAACAAGCUAUUAGGAUGGAAUCUGGUGAAUGCAUUUGCAGUAGCACCACGGCAAAUAUUCAGAGGACAGUGACUCUGUGCCACAUGGCAUCGGCUGAGAUACUUGAUGGUACGACUUUGCUUCCACCUACACCAACGUGUAUUAUAAACAUUAACCGGUCAAGCAGCCAGUGCAGUUCAAGAGCUACAGUUAGCAAACCUGUUGGGGUCCAAAGUCUACAUGGACUCCUACUAAAAGUCAGGGCACUCGGGGCCAGAACCCAGGUUCCACAAACAUAUUUCUGCGUUGGAUAAUAAAACUCACCUAUAACAUGACCACAUAUAAUCUCACAUUUUACAUGAUUAUUAUUUCACACACAUCGAGACCAGGGUUCUGCUCCCCUUCCCAUCCACACACAGUGGGCUCAUCAAAGUGUCAUCCACUCACAUUUGCUAACCCCAGUUGCUAAUGCCUCCUCAGGGAGAUGGUUCAGCAUGCUGCUAGAGCUAUUGCCUUCUUAAUUUACACUUACUAUCUGUCAUUGCUCCCACUCCAGCAGUUAUACUAUCUCUGUGGUAGCACAGACAAGACUACAGAGUUCACUCUCUUGAGUGGGACACUUAUGCAUGUGUUACUCAGAAUCAUGUUGCCUUUCUUUUUCAUGUGCUACAUCAUUAUCUCAGCUCAUUUGCUGGCUUCUGGGUCUUUCUCAGCAUGACAGCUCUCCUACUUCUUACUGCCAGAGACCAUCUGGGCUUCAGAUUAUUGUAUGCCACCUUCUCAAUUUCAUAUGAUACUGAAUAUUUUACAAUGGCUUUUAAUGUGUUCUCUUCUUGCUAGAACUGUGAAUUUCAGCAGUCCAGUUAAAUCACAAAGCAAGACCCAUACCUGGCAAAGUACUUACAGAUGAAGAGCAAUAUACAACUGAGUGGCAGGAGUGAGUGGUAAAAACACUGCAAAUGGAGCAGGAGCAGCACAUAUGGAUCUCUGGGAGAUCACCAAAAUUAGGAAGGGUAUAUAAAGCAGCCUAAGCAUCUUCUCUUCAAAAGGGCACUUCAUGCCAUUCCAUUUCAUUCCAAGUGGAAACUAGAAGCAAGCAAAGGCAAGAGAAGGAAAAAGAUUUAAUGUCUGAGUCUGCAAACGGGAUCAUACAGAAUUCUCUCAUAAAUCAAGUAGAUUAAGGAGGACUAGUUCUAGCAAAUAGCUGCAAAGUUUCAUUGCUCUAUACCAAAUGCAAGCUUACAGUUGUGUGAAAUAAGGCAUUCAAAAUCAGAAGACUGGUAUAUUAAAAAACAAACAAACACCAAAAAAAAAAACCAACCCCGACAGAUUACAAAACAAUGAUAAGUGUUUGUUAUUUGACUCUGUAAGACCACAUCUUUACACUUUGUCGGUGAUCACGAGGUGGAAAUUAAUGCAGUCACAGAUACAAGAGCCAACGUUUUAAGAAAUAGUCUAAGUAUUUAAAUACUUUCACUUAAAUAGGAAGUGUGAAUAAACUAGUCAGGCUUUGAGUAAGGAAGGAACAACUUUAGGAAGAUGGUGAAGACAACACAGGCUGUCUUUCCAAGCCUCCCUAGAUGGUUGCCUUCAGCACAUAUGUAAUUCAACUAUUGAAAAUUUUGUAGUUGUUGUUGAUAGAUAGGCUCAGCAAAAACAAGGCCUUAACUGAAAUGAAAUAACCUGAAGGAGAAAUGACAACAUUGCAGACUUCCCACACAGACAAAUUCACAUCAGUAGUCUUUACAAAAGCUCUGCUGGUGACAUUUCCACUAGGCUGCACGUCAGCCUCCAGGAAGCUACAAACACCUUUGCAAUGACAAAGAUUUUGUUCUGCUUUGGGAUACAAGCACUUUUUGCAUAUGCACAUGUUACAUGUUUUCUAUUUCAUCCCUUGUAAAGAUGAGCUGAGCAUCUUGGUCUUCAUUGUCACUGUGCUGCUCCUGGCAGCCAUCAAGAUUCCAUACAGUGGAACAGAACUGCAGAUGCUGCUGCACUGGUAUUUCCUUCAACAAAACUUACAAGAGCACAUUUUGGGAGCUGAGGUUUACCAGAAGGCCACUGUGAGCACAGACACCAACCACAGAGAACACUCCAUGCCAAGCACAUAGUAGAAAUGUUAAAUUCAGACUUUUUAUUCAAUCUGGUAUCAUAUCUAGGCACUAAUGUUGGGCCAACCAAACUCCUCAGUGAUUCUCUCUUGCACAAGGAUUGAAGGAGGGUUCUCCUCCCUUUCUAACCUUCCUUACCUUUUGCUUUCUGUGCUGUGUUCAUACAGUGCAGCCAUUGCCAAAAAUAAGUCUACAUUUCCUUUCCCAAUAUGCAAAAUUUGGUAUAUAGAUGUGACAUGAAUUAUUUCGUAGAGCAAAGAUUAUCUAUUCAU